UCAGUCCCCGCCUGGCAGCAGGAGCCCGGGCUGGGGGACGCUGCCCGCGGCUGAGGUAGCAUCGCGCCGCCCGCCCCGUCACCCCGGCCCCCCGAGCCUUUCGCCAGCCCCCCCUCCACCUCCUCCGCGCCCCAAAAUGCAGCGCCGCCUCUGCGCCCUGCUCUUGCUGGCGUCCCAGUGCAUGGGCUCGGCCGCCGGGCUCUUCCCCUUCGGGGAGCCCGACUUCUCUUACAAGCGUUCCAACUGCAAGCCCAUCCCCGCCCCGAUGCUGCUGUGCCGGGGCAUCGAGUACCAGAGCAUGCGGCUGCCCAACCUGCUGGGGCAUGAGACGGUGCAGGAGGUGAUGGAGCAGGCGACCACCUGGAUCCCGCUGGUGCAGAAGCAGUGCCACCCCGACACCAGGAAGUUCCUCUGCUCCCUCUUUGCCCCGGUCUGCAUCGACGACCUGGACGAGAUCAUCCAGCCCUGCCACUCGCUCUGCGAGGAGGUGAAGGAGAGCUGCGCCCCGGUGAUGUCCGCUUUCGGCUUCCCCUGGCCCGACAUGCUGGACUGCAGCCGCUUCCCCAAGGACAACGACCUCUGCAUCCCGCUGGCCAGCAGCGAUCACAUCCUCCCCGUCACCAGGGAAGCACCCAAGGUCUGUGAUGCCUGCAAAAACAAAAAUGAAGAUGAUAAUGACAUCGUGGAAAACCUCUGCAAAAACGACUUUGCCUUGAAGAUAAAAGUGAAGGAGAUUGCCUACAUCAAUGGGGAUACCAAGAUCACCCCCGAAACAAAGAGCAAAACCAUCUACAAGCUGAAUGGGCUGACAGAAAGAGAUCUGAGGAAGAUAGUGCUCUGGCUCAAAGGUGGCCUCCAGUGUACCUGCGAUGAGAUGAACGACAUCAACGUCCCCUACUUGGUGAUGGGGCAGAAGCAAGCUGGGGAACUCGUGAUCACCUCGCUGAAGCGGUGGCAGAAAGGGCAGCGGGCUUUCAAGCGGUUCUCCCGCAGCAUCCGCAAACUGCAGUGUUAGUGGCUUCAUCCCUGGCUGUCCUCCGGCAGCCACCCCUGUCCCAAGCUCUCUGGGCCUCCCGCACCUUCCUGCUUUGGCCCCUGUGAGCUUCGAGAUGCCGUGGGCACAAGACACAGCGACCGCUCUCCAGGAGGGGAAGAACCCCUCCGUUUUUGUACAUAGGUUAAAAUGUAAUAAAAAAAAAAUAAUAAUGACUAUUUUUGGGAAGUAUUAAAGUAUCUCGCUUAAAGCUUGGGGGUUUUUUAUGGUUGCAAACGUGACUUUGGUCUGAGGUCUCUCCCUCUUCGUUUCGGUAAUGCUGGUUCAUUUAUGUUGCCGCUUCUCUGUAUGCGUGCAUGUUUGUUGUGCCACAGCAGGAGACGCAGAGAAAGCCAAGCAUGGCCUGUCACCACGGGCACAGCGCUUCCGCUGAGGUGACACGGCUUCCCGUCUGUAUUAACACUAUAAAGGUCACAUUAUGACUCUUGCAUGUGAUACAUAGGCACCAGUAAGAGUAUAUUAACCAUUCUCACAUUUUAUUUUCCACAAGUCUGAGCCCUUCUCUCUCAGAAAAAAAAAAAAAAAA